UUUUUCCUUUUUAAAUUCUUCAUUUUGUUUUUAUUUGAAGUUGAAGCAAAAGCCUGGCAUUUGGCGUACAAGUAAUAAACAGGCUCGGGCCAAGGCUCAAAAUUUUCCUGUGUUGUUUUCCUACUUUACAGACGAAUCGUUUUGCAUCAGAAUCUCUUUGCGUUGGGGAACCUUUUCGAAGUUCUUACGCUUCUUUGGCUCUCAUAUUUGCACAGCACUUGGUUCUGUGUCAAAUUGAGCCAAAUUGCUCUCUGCAUUACCCGUUGUCGUUGUCGUCAAAAACAUUCCUCUGUUUCAAGCAAACUGAAAAUAUUAUGGUGUCCUUCCACAGCUAAGUGCUUGAGUAAUUGGAUUUCUAAAUCUUGGAAAAGGGAUAUAGUGGAGUGGGAUGGACAUUGGUGCACUUUUAACUUCUGCCGGAAUCAACAUAGCUAUAUGUGUUGUGCUUCUGUCAUUGUAUUCCAUACUGAGAAAACAACCAAGCAAUGUAAGUGUGUAUUUCACGCGGAGGUUUGUUUCAGAACCAGUAAAGCGUAGUGAUCCUUUCUGCCUUGAAAGAUUUGUGCCCUCUGCAAGCUGGAUCAUGAGGGCCUGGCAAGCAACUGAUGAAGAAAUAUUGGCUGUUGGCGGUGUGGAUGCUGUAGUUUUCAUGAGAAUAGUUGUUUUCAGUAUUCGGAUAUUCAGCAUUGCUGCUAUGAUUUGUAUUUUUCUAGUGCUUCCAGUAAAUUAUUAUGGACAAGAAAUGCAGCACAAGCGAAUACAUGCAGAAUCACUGGAAGUAUUUACAAUUGGAAAUGUAAAAGAAGGUUCAAAAUGGCUUUGGACCCAUUGUCUUGCAUUAUACGUCAUAUCCUGCUCAGCUUGUGUUCUACUCUACUUUGAGUAUAAAAGUAUCACUAAAAUGAGGCUAGCACAUAUUACUGGAUCUCCUCCCAAUCCAAGUCAUUUCACAGUUCUAGUCCGUGGCAUCCCAUGGUCUCCAGAUCAUUCAUACAGUGAUGCAGUGGAAAAGUUCUUUUCAACUUAUUAUCCGGCAAGCUAUGUGUCACACCAGAUGGUAUAUCGGGCUGGAACAGUUGAGAAAUUAAUGAAGGAUGCCGAGAAGAUGUACAGAAUGCUAAAAACCGUUGAGCCACAUGGUAAACAGGGUUCUAUGCCAUGUUGUCUUUGUGGAGGAACUACACAUUCCUUUAAGAUGCUUAGCCAUGAAGCAGAAAGUGUUAAGGGUAAAACCAGCGUUGAUGAGUUGCAAUCAACUCAAAGAGAAAAGGAACGUCCAGCUGCUUUUGUUUUCUUCAGGACUCGCUAUGCUGCUGUUGUUGCGGCACAAGUUCUUCAAUCACCAAAUCCCAUGUUAUGGGUGACACAACUAGCCCCAGAGCCACAUGAUGUUUAUUGGUCAAACCUCUCCAUACCGUACAAACAAGUUUGGCUUCGUAAAAUAGCAACUCUUCUAGGUGCUAUUGUCUUUAUGUUUAUGUUUCUUGUCCCAGUUACAUUUGUGCAAGGCUUGACUCAACUGGACCAGCUAUCACAUACAUUUCCAUUUCUUAAAGGAAUUUUAAAAGAGAAGUUAAUGAACCAGCUGGUAACAGGUUACCUACCAAGUGUGAUUCUGAUAUUAUUUCUAUAUGCUGUUCCACCAACCAUGAUGCUGUUUUCCACAAUGGAAGGAAAUGUUUCACGUAGUGAGAGGAAGAGGAGUACAUGCAUUAAAGUUUUGUACUUCACAAUCUGGAAUGUUUUCUUUGUUAAUGUUCUUUCUGGAUCCAUAAUCAGGCAAUUGAGUGUUUUCUCAAGUGUUAGAGACAUACCUACACAACUUGCCAAAGCAGUGCCAACCCAGGCUACCUUCUUCACGACUUAUGUUUUAUCAUCAGGGUGGGCAAGCUUGUCCUGUGAAGUAAUACAGCUUUUUGCUCUUCUUUGCAAUGCGUUCAGAAAAUUCAUACUAAGAAGUAAGGAAGAGCCAUCUAAUUGCACUCUAACCUUCCCUCACCAUACUGAAAUUCCACGACUUCUUCUGUUUGGACUCCUUGGCUUCACUUGUUCUGUCAUGGCACCCUUGAUUUUGCCCUUUGUGCUGGUUUACUUCUUUCUUGCUUUCCUUGUUUAUCGAAACCAGAUCCUCCAUGUAUACGUAUCAAAAUAUGAAUGUGGAGGACAGUUCUGGCCUAUUGUUCACAACACAACAAUCUUCUCUUUAGUGUUGACACAAAUUAUUGCCCUUGGGGUCUUUGGCAUAAAACAAUCACCAGUUGCUUCCGGUUUCACCAUUCCCCUAAUAUUUUUCACUCUUCUGUUCAAUGAGUACUGUAGGCAGAGGUUUUCCCCUGUUUUUAAGAGCAGUCCUGCACAGGUUCUCAUAGAGAUGGAUCGACAAGACGAGCAAUGGGGGAGGACAGAAGAGAUUUAUAGUCGGUUACGUUCAGCCUACUGCCAGUUCCCAUUGAUAACUCACGACGUGCCCACAGUUGGAAACUCACACCAAGAAGAUCAGGAGAGUUCCCAAGAUCCGGAGUCACUGAAGCCAGGAAAUCAACUUGUUAAAUUAAAUGAAUAGUGGGCUGUUCAUUGCACUUCGGAAGGGGAGGCCUUGGUACGAAAUGAACUGGUUCAUUCUUCUGUUGUCAUCAUGUGUACAAAAUGUUAGCCUAUGCGUUAACACCAUCGUUAGGUUGAUGGUGGUUCCCAGGACCAGGUGCUGGAAAACAAGGAUAAAAACAUUCAUAUAGAGGCUCUGUUGUUGGUGGCAAGGGACAUCGGGAGCAGGACAUAAGUUGAUAGCUUUUGCUCUACACAUGAAUUAACUGUUCCCUUUUGAUUCUUAUACCUAAUGGGGCAGAGAUAAAUUAGACAAGAAGCCCUUUGAUAUGUAUACGCUGCAUUGUACAGUUUUGAAUCAGGUCUUUUCUUAUUCCUUGUGUAACUAAAGGAAAGGUUAUAUCCAUCCCCUUGAUGUGCAUGAUUGAAAUGAGGGAAGAAACCAAACUUGUUUGUGUACGGCCUCUCAUGCAAUUUUGAUUGUAUCUUAUAGAUUUUUGUUUCUUUUCUACUUUUAUUGGCUACAAUGGGUUACAAUUCCUUAA